AUGUCUACCUUUGGCUACAGAAGAGAGCUUAGUAAAUACGAAUCCAUUGAUGAAGAUGAACUCCUUGCUUCUCUAACUGACGAGGAGCUAAAGGAGCUGGAGAGGGAGCUCGAAGAUAUUGAGCCCGACCGUAACCUUCCAGUGGGGCAAAGACAAAAGAAUCUAACAGAGAAAACUCCUACAGGAACUUUCAGCAGGGAAGCGUUGAUGGCCUAUUGGGAAAAAGAGACCAGAAAACUCCUAGAAAAAGAAAGGUUGGGGGCAUGCGAAAAGGAUUCACAGCAAGAAGAUGAUAAUUCGGAAGACACUGAGGAAGAAUAUUUCACAGGAACUAACAGUGAAAUUUCCGAGGAGGCAUACACUGAAGAGGAGGAGGAGGAGGAAGAAGAAAAAGAGGAAGCAGAAGGAAAAGAAGAAGAAGAAGAAGGAGAAGAAAGUGAUGAAGAUGACUCAGAACAAAAGGAAAAUGCUGCCGUUUGUGAAAGGACUGUGACUUGUGAAAGUGACAGGAGUUCUGACCACUCGAAACGCAAGAAAUGCAACAUCCAGAAGGAAAAUGAAAAUGUCAUCAAUGGCGAUGGUGGCAAAGACACAGAAGACAUGAGCUUUAAAACGGGUGCCAUCCACCCUUGUGGAAACCCAACAGUUAUUGAGGAUGCUUUGGAAAAAGUUAGGAACAAUGACCCUGACACCACUGAAGUCAACUUAAAUAACAUUGAAAACAUCACCAUACAGAUGCUUACACAUUUUGCGCAAGCUCUCAAGAACAACACAGUGGUUAAGAUGUUCAAUCUAGCCAAUACUCGUGCUGAUGAUAGUGCGGCAAUUGCUAUUGCUGGGAUGUUAAAAGUGAAUCAGUAUAUAAUGAGUCUGAACAUUGAUUCAAAUUUUAUCACAGGCAAAGGGAUAUUGGCCAUUAUGAGAGCUUUGCAGCAUAACAAGGUUUUAACAGAACUACGAUUCCACAACCAACGGCAUAUCAUGGGCAGUCAGGUUGAAAUGGACAUAGCUAAACUGUUGAAAGACAAUACCACGCUGGUGAAGCUAGGGUACCACUUUGAGCUUGCUGGACCAAGAAUGAGCAUGACAAGUAUCCUCACAAGAAACAUGGAUAAAAAAAGGCAAAAACGUAUGCAGGAGCAAAAACAGCAAGAGUCUGGUUGUGAUGGAGCAAUCAAUCCAAAGACCAAAGCCUUGCAGAAAGGAACUCCUGGGUCCUCACCUUACGCAUCGCCUAAGAGCUCACCUUGGUCCUCUCCAAAACUCCCUAAGAAAGCUCAGCCUGUCAAAAUUCAGCCUCCAGCUCCGCCUUCACCUCCUCCUCCCCCUCCCCCACCACCUCCACCACCUCCCCCCAUUGUUCCAGAGAAAAAGGCGCCAACAAGGAAUAUAGCUGAAGUCAUCAAACAACAGGAGAGCUCCAAGAAUGCCUUACAAAAUGGACACAAAAAGAAAAAAAGCAAAAAAACCAAAAAGCAUGAGAAUAGCAUAUUGAAAGAAAUUAAAAAUUCCUUAAGAUCAGUCUCAGACAAGAAACCAGAAGAAGGAUCGCGACCCUCUACCCGACCCUCCACCCCACAAAUGUCUCUUCAUGAUAGCCUUAUGGAAGCAAUUCGGGGAAGCAGCAUAAAACAGUUAAAACAGGUGGAAGUUCCAGAAGCUCUUCGAUGAAAGCAUGGAAUAUAGAAGAACCAAAGCUCUACAGUGGUGAAGAGAAGGUUACUGAGUUGUUCAAUG